AUGGGUGUCCACCUCGUCAUACCUAUCAUGGCGCCAUUUUGGUGCCUUAGUGAGUCACGCCCCUUUCGCGUCUACAUCCUCUUGCCAUUAUUGCCAGCCUUUGAGGGAGAGCCGGGUGGUUCAAGUGGUGUCGCAAUCCACUACAUUCUUCACUUUGCCAGGAUCAGCCUUUUCAUGGGCCCGAACGCCCUACUACCUCGCUUAGCUCGUCAUAUGGCUCAUCCUGAAGAUUAUGUAUCAGUCUGCAGUCUACGAACCUACGACAGAUGGCCAGAUGGGCGUUUGCCGUAA